GAGAACCUCCAUACAAGGCUACUUGGGACGACUUGCUUGUUCCACGUGUAGCCAUGAAACACGUUUCCCCAUACGAAUGGGCGGACUCAGAUGAUGUAGAGCGUGUUCUGAUGGGAUGUCUGGAAUAUGAACCCGAUAGACGACCUGCCAUUGACGAAGUUGAUGCACGACUAAACUACCGGGGAACUUUCAUUCCCCAUUCACGCAGACAUAAAACGUGAACUUAUGCAAGAAGAUGAACGGAACCUCACCGGAAAGAUACAAUCCGAGCAACUACUAGCACUUGAAGGACGAUUCUCGUCCCCGUAUAAGGGGACUUAUAAAGGCAAGCCAGUCUGCAUCCAACAGAUCAAUAUCUUGGAUCCACGAGCCCUGAGUAAUUCCAUGCGUGCCUUGAAGAGGCAGAUACGUUUAUGGCGUCGAUUGAUACAUGCCAACAUUGAGAGGCUCCACGGAUGGGUGCUAUCUGCAGGAACUGAACCAGUAAUCAGUCUUAUUUCCGCCUGGUAUGCCCACCGCAACGUAACGGAGUAUCUGUGCCAACAUCCGGAUACAAACCGUCGCAAGAUGGUGUAUGAUAUUGCCCAAGGUCUUGGCUAUCUUCACUCGAAGGAGAUCGUACACGGAAACAUUAAACCGGUAUGCCGGCUAUACUGGGAGCCCCCUCUGUAAUAUUUAAGAUUGGGAUCAGGAAAACGUAGUAAUAGGGAAUGAAGGCAAUCCCCGCUUACGUGGAUUCCAGUUCUCAUACGAUCGUUUAGACCAAUUACUUCCCCCGACAUCCAUGAUGGCCUCAGUCCCCGUUUUGUAUCACCAGAGUUCCUCAAUGGCCUCACAAUAAUCCCGGAUCAAGGAAGCGA